AGACCCCGCCCCUUCCGGUGACAUCACACCUACCAGGAGCAACGCCAUCACUGCCGUUUGACGACGGAGAGGCGGGAGGUAGAGACUUGGACGUGGUGUAGAGGCCUGCAACGCCAUGGGCAGGGAGUCCAGACAUUACAGAAAGCGGUCGUCAUCACGCGGUCGCUCCGGAAGCAGGUCCAAAAGUCACUCACCGCCUGACAAGAGGACUAAAAGAGAAGACCGUCGAUCAAGGAGCCGGGACCGCGAUAGAAGGAGAGAGAGGUCACGUAGCAGGGAUCGCAGAAGAUCGCGCUCCAGAGACAGGAAGCGUCCAUUACGUCGUCCAAGCAGAGAAAGAGAGCGGAGCCGGGAGAGGAGAAGAUCACGCAGCAGGGAGCGAAGGCGAUCCACCAGCAAAAACCGCGGUAGACGAUCACGUUCUGGCAGCCCUAGCAAAACUAAAAAGGGAGAAAAAAGGUCAAAAUCACAAGAAAAAACAGACCUUUCAGAGGUAAUCAAGGAAAAGAAAAAGGAUGAGAAGGAAGAGGAUAAGGAAAAGGAUGUCAGUAAUUUUGAUCAGAAUAAGCUGGAAGAGGAAAUGAGGAAACGUAAAGAGAGAGUAGAAAAAUGGCGAGAAGAGCAGCGUAAGAGGCUUGUGGAAAGUAUUGGAGAACUGAGAAGAGAAGCAGAAGAAAUGCGACAAGGGAAGAAAUGGAGUUUAGAAGAUGAUGAUGAUGACGAAGAUGAACCAACUGAGGGAGAGAAGGAAGUCCUGGAAGAGGAGGAUGAGGAGUUGGAUCCUCUGGAUGCCUACAUGGAAGAGGUCAAAGAAGAAGUAAAGAAGUUUAACAUGGGCAGUGUGAAAGGUGGAAGUGAAAAGAAAACUGGACCAACAGUAACAAAGGUAGUUACUGUGGUGAAUACUAAAAAGGAUGACAUGGAGUCCAAUAAAAAGAAAGGAGAACUUAUGGAGAAUGAUCAAGAUGCUAUGGAGUAUUCUUCAGAAGAAGAGGAGGUUGAUCUUCAGACUGCCUUGACCGGAUUUCAGACAAAGCAGCGCAAACUCCUGGAGCCAGUGGAUCAUGGAAAGAUAGAAUAUGAGCCCUACAGGAAAAACUUUUAUGUGGAAGUUCCAGAGUUAGCCAAGAUGACACCAGAAGAGGUCAGUGCCUUCAGACUUGAACUUGAAGGAAUUAUAGUUAAGGGUAAAAAUUGUCCUAAACCAAUUAAAUCCUGGGUGCAGUGUGGCAUAUCUAUGAAGAUCAUGAAUUCGCUGAAAAAACAUGCAUAUGAGAAACCAACACCAAUCCAGGCGCAAGCAAUUCCUGCAGUCAUGUCUGGUCGUGAUUUAAUUGGCAUUGCUAAAACUGGAAGUGGAAAAACAAUUGCCUUUCUUCUGCCUAUGUUUCGCCAUAUUAUGGACCAGAGACCCCUUGAAGAAGCGGAAGGACCAAUUUCGGUCAUAAUGACACCUACUAGAGAGCUGGCUUUACAAAUAACAAAAGAGUGCAAGAAGUUCUCCAAGACUCUUGGACUGAGAGUAGUCUGUGUAUACGGAGGAACCGGCAUCAGUGAACAGAUUGCUGAACUCAAGCGAGGUGCGGAGAUUAUAGUCUGUACCCCAGGUCGCAUGAUUGACAUGUUAGCUGCAAACAAUGGUCGAGUAACGAACCUGCGGCGGGCUACAUAUGUUGUGCUGGAUGAGGCAGACAGAAUGUUUGACAUGGGCUUUGAACCACAGGUCAUGAGAAUCAUAGACAAUGUCAGACCAGACAGACAGACGGUCAUGUUCUCUGCUACAUUCCCAAGAGCCAUGGAAGCUUUAGCAAGAAGAAUAUUAAGCAAGCCUAUUGAAGUCCAAGUUGGAGGAAGAAGUGUUGUAUGUUCUGAUGUUGAACAACAUGUGAUUGUGAUUGAGGAGGACAAGAAAUUUCUUAAAUUGCUUGAGCUUUUGGGGCAUUAUCAAGAAACGGGAUCAGUAAUUAUAUUUGUUGACAAGCAAGAGCAUGCAGAUGGCUUGCUGAAGGACUUAAUGAGGGCGUCCUAUCCAUGCCUCUCACUUCAUGGAGGUAUUGAUCAGUAUGACAGAGAUAGCAUCAUCAAUGACUUUAAAAAUGGUGUGUGCAAAUUGCUAGUGGCCACCUCUGUGGCAGCUCGAGGACUGGAUGUCAAGCAUCUGAUCUUGGUGAUCAAUUAUAAUUGUCCAAAUCACUAUGAAGAUUAUGUGCACAGAGCUGGCCGUACAGGCAGAGCUGGGAAUAAGGGGUACGCCUUUACAUUCAUCACAGAGGAUCAGGCUCGCCAUGCAGGGGAUAUAAUAAAGGCUUUAGAGCUUUCAGGGACUGCAGUUCCUGCGGAGUUGGAGCAGUUGUGGUCUGAGUUCAAGGAGCAACAGAAAGCUGAAGGUAAAGUGAUAAAGAAAACAAGUGGAUUUUCUGGGAAAGGGUUUAAGUUUGAUGAAACAGAGCACGCUUUGGCAAAUGAAAGGAAGAAGCUGCAGAAGGCAGCACUUGGCCUCCAAGAUUCAGACGAUGAGGACACUGCUCUGGAUAUUGAUGAGCAAAUUGAGAGCAUGUUCAACUCUAAGAAGAGAGUGAAAGACAUGACUGGACCUGGGGUACCUGGUGGAGCUGGUGGCAGUGUUGGAGCAGCAGGGGGUACAGGAGGAUCCAGUUCUGUGUCUAGUACAUCAGUACCCACAGCGGGAAAUGCUGAGAAAUUGGAAAUUGCCAAACGAUUGGCCAAAAAGCUCAGUGUAAACAAGAACCUCGGUGCAGAAGCCCAGGAUGUAAUGCAGCAGGCCACUAAUGCGAUCCUCAGGGGAGGCACAAUAUUGGCACCAACCGUGUCUGCAAAAACUAUUGCUGAACAAUUGGCAGAAAAGAUCAAUGCCAAGCUCAAUUAUGUCCCGGUUGAGAAACUGGAAGAGGACAAACAGGAAGCUGGUCCUAAUGAGUCCUUCAAGAGAUAUGAGGAGGAGCUGGAGAUUAAUGACUUCCCUCAGACUGCAAGGUGGAAAGUAACGUCCAAAGAAGCACUGCAGAGGAUCAGUGAAUAUUCAGAAGCAGCCAUCACCAUUAGGGGCACUUAUUUCCCACCUGGCAAAGAACCCAAAGAAGGGGAAAGAAAGAUUUAUUUGGCAAUUGAAAGUGCUAGUGAAUUGGCAGUACAGAAGGCAAAGGCAGAAAUUACCCGACUUAUCAAGGAAGAACUCAUCAGACUGCAAAACUCCUACCAGCCGACCAACAAAGGAAGAUACAAAGUGCUUUGAAGCCAGACAACUUGUCCUUUCUCAUGGAUGUGGUCUCUAUUUUUUUUUUUUUGUAAAUUGAGCUACUUUUAGUUUUUUUUAAUUUACCUCCAUUUUAAUUCAAUCA